UAUAUAACAUUAUUACAGAAGCUGCAUACGGCUCAUCUAAAGACGAUUUACGGGGAAAGCAUGUUCCAGCAAAUAAAACACCAGAGAUCAUUGUAGAGGAAACAAGGAAUUACAUUAAAAGUUUACCAUAUUUACCGUCUCAUUAUUGCCGCAAAAACUCAAAACGAUUUUAUCUGCCUCAAGAAUUUCGAAAUAUGAGUAAUUUGUAUAAAAUUUACAAAGAAUCUAUGAUACGCGAAGAUAAAAGAUUAAUAGGAGAAAGAGUUUUUCAGAAGAUAUUUCAAGAAUAUAAUAUUGGUUUUCAUAUACCUCGUAAAGACAAAUGUGCUAAGUGUGUGCGUUUCGAAAAAGAAAAAGGAGAAAAAGAAGAAGAGAAAUUGGCUCAUCUGAAAGACAAAGAGGAGACUUAUGAAAGAUUUCAAGCGCAUCAGAAAAUUCAAAAUGGAAACAUACUUUGCGUAUCUUUUGAUUUACAGAAAGUUCUGAAUACGCCGUAUGGCCAAAGUAUGUUACUGUAUUACAGUCGCAAAUUGGCUGUAUAUAAUCUAACUUUUUACGAAUCUGGAACUAGAGAAGGCUACUGUUACACUUGGACGGAAACAGAAGGAAAACGCGGAGCUAACGAAGUGUGCACUGUCUUAGAAAAAUACAUCAAGAUGGUGGACGGUCGUGGCUCUAUCAAACAUCUUCUGUUUUACAGUGAUGCCUGCCCCGGACAAAAUAAAAACAAAAUCGUCCUUGCUUGUAUCCAUAUUUGUCUACAAAAAUGCAAGAAUAUAACUAGCAUCCAAAUGAAUUAUCUCUUGCCCGGACACACUUAUAUGCCAGUGGACUCAAUGCAUUCUGUUAUAGAAAAAAGUGUUACAAACACAAUUGUUUGGGCACCAUCUCAAUGGCCGACAGUGUUUAAUUUAGCCCGAAAGAAUCCUAAGCCCUAUCAUGUGAAUGUCUUAACAUUUAAGGAUUUUUGCGGCUGGGAUAUUGUCGCAGAUAAAUACUUUAAGGGAAAUCUGACGGGAAAAAUAUCGAAAGUGCGUACAGCGACAUUUAAAAAAGCUGAACCACAGAAGAUGACAGUUAAAUAUACAAUGGCGACGGAUGAAGCAAAGAAUACAUUGAAAUAA